UGGACCUGUUGAACAAUACAGCAAAGACCAAUCUGGAUAUCAGUGAACAUUCCUGCUUCCAACUAUUGGCUUACCUUGUCCCCAACAACCCAGCCAGAAAAUAGUCAUCCAUGGUUUGGUUUAAAUGAGUAAAAGUUCCUCGUAAUUUUCGACUGCUGGAAGAGCUAGAAGAAGGCCAGAAAGGAGUAGGAGAUGGAACAGUUAGCUGGGGUCUUGAAGACGAUGAAGAUAUGACACUUACAAGAUGGACAGGCAUGAUUAUUGGGCCCCCAAGGACUAUUUAUGAAAACAGAAUAUACAGCCUUAAAAUAGAAUGUGGCCCUAAAUAUCCUGAAGCACCUCCAUUUGUAAGAUUUGUAACAAAAAUUAAUAUGAAUGGAGUAAAUAGUUCUAAUGGAGUGGUUGAUCCAAGAGCCAUAUCAGUCCUAGCAAAAUGGCAGAAUUGUUAUAGUAUCAAAGUUGUUCUGCAAGAGCUCCGGCGUCUAAUGAUGUCUAAAGAAAAUAUGAAACUUCCUCAACCACCUGAAGGACAAUGUUACAGUAAUUAAUGGAAAACAAAAAAGAAAAAUCAUGCCCCAUCAUUCAAUUUAAGCUCUCUUCAUUUCCCACAGUAGUAAAUUUUCUAGAUGCAUCUUGUAGAUCUCCAAGUACUGGAAAGGAUGUUCCCAUUGCAAAGGAAAGUUUAUCUUGAGAUACUGUAAAUGAUACUAAUUUUUUUUUUCCAUUUGAAAAUAAGUUGUGCUAUAACAAAUAAUGCUGUCCUGUGUAACCACUGUCCACAUAGUUGAACUUCUGGUAUCAAGAAAAGUUUAUUUAAAUUUAUUACUGUCAAAAGACCAGUGUGUCACAUUGAACUCGACUGUGAAAAAGCAUAAAAAGCAUACAUCACACAAUCACA